UCUCUAUAGAUAAUUAAUUGAUUAUUCUACAAAUGUCAGACACUCACAAAUCGAGAAAGAGAUCUAGGUUUUCAGAUGCCAAGAAGAGCUCCCCUAAGUACUUAGAAGAAGAUAAAUAUGAUACUGGAAAGAAAAGAGACGCGAAGAGAACUUCCAAGGACAACUCAGAAGGAAGCGCUAUGGACGAGACCCCAGUUGCAGUUGUUACUAAUGAGACAAAUUUUGGAGACUUCCCAGAGAUUGGAGCCACUACUAUCAAGAACCUCAAUGCCAGAGGUAUCACUAAGUUGUUCCCUGUGCAGGAAGCUACCUUCAGAGCAAUUUACGAAGGAAAUGAUAUGAUUGCCAGAGAUUUGACCGGUUCAGGCAAAACACUAGCUUUUUCACUCCCAUUAGUAGAAAAAUUCAGAAAGAUGGGUUACUAUGAACCAGAGAAUAGAGUUGGAGGUAGAAGGAAGUUGCUUUCAAUCAUCCUUGCCCCCACAAGAGAACUUGCACUCCAAGUCUCUAAAGAACUGAAGGCUCUCAAGUCCUACGACAGUGAAUACAAGGUGAUCACCGUAUAUGGAGGAGUCUCGAUUGACGACCAGACUCGUGAAUUAAGAAGCGGUGUCGAAUUUUUCGUUGGUACUACAGGUAGAGUUCUAGACCACAUUAAGAGAGGAAACAUCGACUUCAGAGACAUCAAGACUAUCUGUUUAGACGAAGCUGAUCAAAUGCUCAACAUGGGAUUCAAGGAAGAUGUUGAAGAAAUUAUGAGAAGUAUACAGCGAGAUGCUAAAGAGAAAACACAAUUUCUCUUGUUCUCUGCUACUGUCCCAUCCUGGGUAAAAGAAGUGUCAAGAAAAUUCCUGACCCCAGACUACAAGUUUAUUGAUCUUGUUAAGGACUUGAAGAAUAAGACCUCAAAGACAGUGCAGCAUUUAGCCAUCAAUUGUCCGUUCUUCAACAGGACCGCGACUCUAGCUGACAUAUUGCUCUGUUAUGGUGGACUCCAUGGUAAGACCAUCGUCUUUGCUCAAACAAAGAAUGACGCUAACAGUGUCCUCCUUGCAGAUAAGGUGAAGCUUGACGUAGAGGUACUCCAUGGAGAUAUUGCCCAGAACCAAAGAGAAGUAACACUACAAAGAUUCAGAGAUGGCAAAUUCAACGUUUUAGUAGCAACUGAUGUUGCCUCUAGAGGUCUAGAUAUUCCAAACGUUGAUCUUGUUAUUCAACUUGAGCCACCAAAGGACGUUGAAACAUAUAUUCACAGAUCAGGACGUACAGCCAGAGCUGGAACUAGCGGCACUUGCAUUACUUUCUUCAACAGGAAGCAACAAGGACUGAUUAAUAUUAUCGAAUCAAAAGCUGGAAUUAAGCUUAAGAAGAUUGGAGCUCCUCAACCAACUGAUAUCAUUAAAGCCUCAGCUAAUGAAGCCAUCAAGGGUUUCGAGAAGGUAGAUGAUUCAGUAACUCACCUCUUCGAAGAAACUGCUCAAAAAUUGAUCGAAGAGAAGGGUGCCAUGAAGGCAGUAUCUCUUGCUUUGGCCUACAUCUCAGGUACUACUGAAAAACUAAAGAAGAGAUCUUUGCUCACCGGACAGGAGAACUUUGUGACUUACACAGUCCAGACUACCAUGGAGUUCAAGGGUGUCUCCUACGUAUGGAGUAUCCUUAGGAGACUCCUUCCCCAAGACAUCGUAGAUGGCAUCAGAGGUAUGAGGAUAUACAAUGACAAGAAAGGAGUCGUCUUUGACGUCCCUGAAGAACACGCUGAUCGUGUCGAUGACCUUUACAAUAACGAGAAAGAAUCAAGAAGAAUGAUGAGCUACAGCCUGGAAGUAGCCAAGGAGCUCCCAGAGUUGUUCGAGCAAGAUGGAGGCUUCGGCGGUGGCUUCGGAGGCGGCAGAGGCGGCUUCGGAGGCAGAUCAGGUGGCUUCGGUGGAGGCAGAGGCGGCUUUGGUGGAAGAUCAGGUGGCUUCGGUGGUGACAGAAGAGGAGACAGAUCCGGUGGCUAUGGAGGUAGCAGCGGUGGAUACGGCGGCAACAGAGGAUACGGUGGCAACGGCGGUGACUAUAAUGCAGGAUCAGGUUAUGGCAAGAGUAGCGGUGGUUACGGAGGAUCCGGUGGCUAUUCAGGUGGUCGCUCCGGAGGAUACUCUGGUGGAGGAAGAGACUCUUACAGAAAAGAUCGCUACUAAGCCAAUAACUUGAGACUCAAUCUUGUUUCUUAUUCAAGCUUUCUAUACAUAUCCAAUGAAAAGCUUAAAUUGAUCGACUAGAUCUAAGCUAACUCUUUUAACUAAAUAAGAGAAUGCUUUCAUAAUCUAUGUUUCAAUUUA